AAAGAGUGUUUCCUUAUAUCGUGGUUGGUGGGCGAUAUCGUUGUUUUAUAUUAAAUGACUUGGAGUUGUUUACGAGGAGGAUUGGAGGUUUAUAAUGGGGGGGUAAGAGAAAGGGGAGAGAGAAGUUUCCGUGUGUUUAAAUGCUAAGCAAGUUCUUCGGGCCUAUAAAAUCGCUCCCUGUGCUCUGCGGAUUUCCGUGACACGCCAUUAAUUCGUGCUCCGCGGGCGAAAUUUUGCUGUGAGGGGGAAGUUUUUGGUAAGAAUGGAAGAGAAAGGAGGAUCUUUUGCGAGCUUUCGGGCUUACUGCAACGCCCUGAGGGAUACGCCCAGGCGAGUGGUCCGGCGGGCGGGGGCAGUAUUGAGCUCUGGAGAUGAGCUGAGCAGAGUGAAGGCCCGUUCUGGUGCGGAAAUGCAGAGGAAUUUGCGGUGGUAUGAUCUGGUUUGCCUGGGCAUUGGGGGCAUGGUGGGGGCGGGAGUUUUCGUUACUACUGGUCGAGCGGCGAGAGACUAUGCCGGACCUGCGGUUAUUGUUUCUUAUGCCAUUGCAGGGCUCUCUGCUUUGCUCUCGGCUUUCUGUUACACGGAGUUUGCCGUCGCCAUGCCUGUCGCUGGUGGAGCUUUUAGCUACCUUAGGAUAACGUUCGGUGAAUUGGCGGCGUAUAUGACUGGCGCAAAUUUGUUGAUGGAGUACGUUCUGUCGAAUGCGGCUGUGGCCCGAAGCUUGACGUCUUAUCUCGGGGCUGCAAUUGGUACCAAUACUGAUAGCUGGCGGUUCAAGGUAGACCUGUUGAUGAAGGGCUAUAAUGAGCUUGAUCUUCUUGCCGUUGCCAUAAUUGUACUGAUUACCAUAUGUAUUUGUUACAGCACCAAGGAAAGCUCUGUUUUCAACAUGGUGUUGACGGCGCUGCAUUUGGGAUUUAUUCUCUUCAUCAUUGCGAUUGGCUUUGCCAAAGGAAAGAACCGUAACUUUUCUGAGCCGGAGAAACCGACGAGCCCGGACGGAUUCAUGCCAUACGGAGUAAGCGGGGUAUUCAACGGGGCGGCCAUUGUUUACUUCAGCUAUAUCGGAUACGAUGCUGUGUCCACCAUGGCGGAGGAAGUGAAGUACCCGGUUAAAGAUAUUCCAAUCGGGGUAUCCGGCUCAGUCGUUAUUGUCACCGUCCUCUACGGCCUCCUGUCCGCUGCUAUGUGCAAAUUGGUGCCAUACGAUCUGAUAGAUGAAAAUGCUCCGUUCUCCAUGGCGUUCAAGGAAGGUGCCUUCAAGGAUAGGCCAUGGGUGUCGAAUGUGGUGGGCGCGGGGGCAAGCCUGGGAAUCAUGACGUCGCUCAUGGUUGCUAUGCUGGGACAGGCGCGCUACAUGUGUGUAAUAGGCCGUUCUCAUGUAAUCCCUGCCUGGUUCGCUAAAGUCAAUCCCAAGACUGGCACGCCAUUGAAUGCCUCUGUCUUUCUCGGAAUCUGUACAGCUGUAAUAGCUCUGUUCACCGAUUUGGGGAUUCUAGUGAACCUGAUUUGCAUAGGGACGCUGCUGGUUUUCUACAUGGUGGCAAACGCUCUGAUCUACAGGCGCUAUGUGGUGAUCGGCAAGACGAAUCCGUGGCCCACGCUGGGGUUUCUUACUGUACUGUCGAGCAUCGCGGUGGGGUUUGCAUCGCUGUGGCAGAUGGACGGGACCCACCUUCACUCCGGGUGGGCUCUCGGUCUGUGUCUUUGCGGUUUAUCAGCCGUUGUCCUCACGCAUUCUUUUUGGAUGCUCGUCCCUCAGGCCUCAAUUCCUCAGGAUUGGGGCGUACCCUGCAUGCCCUGGAUUCCUGCCGCCUCCAUAUUCCUCAAUGUCUUCUUGCUUGGCUCGCUCGACAAGCACUCAUACAUACGCUUUGCAUUAUUCUCUGCCAUCGCCUUACUGUUCUAUGUGUUGUACAGUGUACAUGCAAGCUAUGAUGCCGAACAAGGGCAAUCAGUAAUACGGAUCCUUUUCGUUCCGCCUCCUGCUGAUCUUUUCACUUUGCCAACAAAGAUUUCAGAGCCCGCACAGAAAGCUGGUCCGGACUGCGUUUGAAACAGCCGGUGGUCAGACAAUCGGACAGAAGAGAAGAAAGAAGCACAACAAACAAUUCGACUGAUCUUUCACUAAUUCGACUGGAAGCGACAGCCACAUUCUGAAAUUUGCAGAGGUGGACCAGUUCGAGCAGUAUAAUUGUAUUUCUAUUAUUUGUUUUGAGGGUUUGAGAGAUAAAAAACGUUUUUAGAUAUUCGCGCUCUGUUAACCAGCAGUUGCCGAUUGGCUCCUUGUAAAUAUUAUGCUUGCUUAUAGCCAGAGCAAUCAACAAUAGCCUGGGAGUUGAAGAUAAGGGCGCCAGGCUUGCUUGUGCCUAUCACUGGCUCCUUUCUUCCUUUGCCCAUGUACCUACACAAACAAUAUUCCGUCAAAAUACAAAUGAAAAUAAUGUUUUCAGCAGAAGAA